AUGUCGAAUUCUCAUAAUAUACACUGGCUGAGUCCAUCAAAAAGGAUAUAUGAUGCUUCUGAUAUACCUAACUUUAAGCGUUCCACCGCAUACUAUAAAAUACGUCAUACGUUAUCUGUUUUGAUAGAAAAGGUUAAGGGUUGUGAUAUUCCGCCAGGAGUUUUGGAUAAGUCAAUAGUAACACGAAAAACAAAAAAUAUACCUCCACCAAAUAGUAAUAAUAACAGGUCUCUUGAAUUACCACCGCCUCAAGUGGAAGGGGCGGCCGAUAGAUGUAAUAUCAGGCAUUCUACAAACCAAACAUCCAUAGGAGAAUCUAAUGAAUCAAAUUUUGAAGGACUUUUAAGAAUUUUCGAAACCUUGAACGUGUAUAUUGAUGAAACCCCUCCGUUUGAAGGGCCAAGGAGAUUUGGAAAUUUAGCCUGCAGGGAUUGGCACCAAACGAUGAAUUCUAGAAUGAAGGAUUUACUAAAGGAUAAUAUCAAGAUACAUAAUUCCUCAUUCAAUCUGGAAUUUGAUGGGUUUAUUAAAGAAUUGAAGUAUUAUAUUGAGAACUCUUUUGGCUCUGCAAUUAGGUUAGAUUAUGGCACAGGUCAUGAAUUAUCGUUUCUAGCAUUCAUAGGGGGAUUGAUUGAUUUUAAAUUAUUAAAUUUGGAGGAAUUGACAGGAUCGGAUAUUUUAACCAUCUUCUCGAAAUAUUACGACUUAACUCGCAGGUUGAUACUUGUCUAUAGUUUAGAACCAGCAGGUUCUCAUGGAGUAUGGGGUUUGGAUGAUCAUUUUCAUUUAAUUUAUAUUCUAGGUGCAGCACAAUUCAAUGGGAGCCAUAACAAGAUGAUUCCUCCAGUACAGCAGGUACUAACGAGCCCAGUUCUUGACAGAUACAAGGAAACAAAUUUAUAUGUGAAUGCAAUUUCAUUUAUUCAUAAAAUAAAAAUGGGACCAUUUAAUGAACAUUCGCCAAUUAUUUACGACAUACACUCCUCUGUUUCACUUUGGUCAAAAGUGCUUUCUGGACUAUUGAAAAUGUUCGAGGUGGAGGUGUUGGGAAAAUUUCCUGUAGUUCAACAUUUCUGGUUUGGUAGUUCUUUAUACCCUUGGAGGGAUUUUGAAACUGACAAAGAAUUACCAAUUUAUAAAAGAGAUGAAGAUGAAACCAACAAUGAUAGUCUGACAGGUUUCUUGAAUGGUAGUACAGGAAUUAAAACAACAAAACAUAAUAUUUCAAUGACUGGAGCUCCUUGGAAUUUAGGAGCAACUCAAAGACAGGAUGACUUAAAUCCUACAACCCAGCGAGGCCGCCAACAACCAAGGUUAGGUAGAAACUAA